AUGACAAAGAGCAAACAGGUUGAUAAACCAUUGAAUCCAGUAAAAAUCGCAAAUGAAAUACCUGUUGAUACGAAUACAAAAGGCAUAUGGACACAAUUCUCAUUUGCAGAUUUUGUAUUGCUUUCAAGAUCACUCACUUGCGACAUAUUUUGGAUGAAAACUUUGAAAUCAGCAAACAAAGAGUUGAAAGGAAUGAUGAAAACUGUGAAGCUACAAGACAUUGAUAAUUUGCAAGAUGUAAUGAUAGACAUGAUGGAUAUAAGCAGUGAGAUACAAGAAUCUCUUGGUAGAAGUUACUGUGUACCAGAUGAUAUUGAUGAAGACGAUCUCUUGGGUGAAAUUGAUGCUUUGGAGGCAGACAUAGGUCGAGAAACUGAGUGUGAAGAUGUACCUUCAUAUCUUCAAUCUAAUAAUGAACCUGAUCUGAAUGAACAGUUUAAUCUGCCUUCAGCUCCAAGUGGAUAUGCAGUGCCAACUGGCAGAGUUAACAAUGAGCUCCAUUGCAGCCCAUUAAAUCCAUAA